AUGCAAAAGACUGAAGGAGUCUGUAAAGUGGAUCCUUCAUUACGCUACCAGCGGAAAAUGAUACGAACUUUAUCUGUUCUCAUGACGGCUUUUCUCUGCACGGGUUUUGCGAGCUCAUUAUUGUUUCUUGCUUCGGAAAUGGUGCCUUUCUUGGACGCCGACAAGGCUCCCUACGUCCGGACCAUUGCAGCUAAGCUCGGCUUGAUCUCGUGUGCUCAGAAUUUCUAUGUGUAUAACACGAUGAGCAAGGACUUUCAAAAGGCGUUCAAGAAGAUAUUUGCAUCAAUGAAAAAGUGGAAAAAAGCGAAGCUGCACGUAGUCAAACCUAGGAAGGUCACGACAACUGCAUUUACCUAG